AAUGGAUACACCCCUCUGCAUAUUGCCGCCAAGAAAAAUCAGAUGCAGAUAGCUACCACUCUGUUGAACUAUGGGGCUGAGACCAACAUUUUGACCAAGCAGGGAGUCACCCCGCUUCAUCUGGCCUCGCAAGAAGGUCACACUGACAUGGUGACCUUGCUUUUGGAGAAAGGAUCCAAUAUCCAUGUGGCAACAAAGACUGGACUGACAUCCUUACACCUUGCAGCCCAAGAGGAUAAAGUGAACGUAGCUGAAAUACUCACAAAACACGGUGCGAACCAAGAUGCUCAGACAAAGCUUGGCUAUACACCUUUAAUUGUGGCGUGUCACUAUGGAAACAUCAAAAUGGUGAAUUUUCUUCUCAAGCAGGGAGCAAAUGUCAAUGCUAAAACAAAGAAUGGGUACACCCCUCUUCACCAAGCUGCUCAACAAGGCCACACGCACAUCAUUAACGUUCUUCUCCAACAUGGGGCCAAGCCCAACGCCACCACCACUAAUGGUAACACCGCCUUAGCCAUCGCAAGGCGUCUGGGAUAUAUCUCAGUGGUCGAUACGCUGAAGGUUGUAACGGAGGAGAUUACCACCACCACAACUACGGUAACAGAGAAGCACAAGCUCAAUGUACCCGAGACCAUGACUGAGGUCCUGGAUGUUUCAGAUGAAGAAGGUGAUGACACAAUGACAGGAGAUGGAGGAGAGUACCUUAGGCCAGAAGACCUCAGAGAACUAGGAGAUGACUCUUUACCAAGCAGCCAGUUCUUAGAUGGCAUGAACUACCUAAGGUACAGCUUGGAAGGAGGACGAUCUGACAGCCUGCGAUCCUUCAGUUCAGACAGGUCCCACACAUUGAGCCAUGCCUCCUACCUGAGGGACAGUGCCAUGAUUGACGAUACAGUUGUCAUCCCCAGCCAGCAGGUAACAACUCUGGCCAAAGAAGCUGAAAGGAAUUCAUAUCGCUUAAGCUGGGGCCCCGAAAACUUGGACAAUGUGGCUCUUUCUUCCAGCCCUAUUCAUUCAGGCUUCCUAGUUAGUUUCAUGGUGGAUGCUCGCGGGGGUGCCAUGAGAGGUUGCAGACACAACGGACUACGAAUCAUUAUUCCUCCGCGGAAAUGCACUGCUCCAACACGAGUGACUUGCCGGUUGGUGAAACGCCACAGGCUGGCCACCAUGCCUCCCAUGGUGGAGGGCGAAGGGCUGGCCAGCCGCCUGAUUGAGGUUGGACCUUCCGGCGCCCAGUUUCUUGGGCCUGUGAUUGUGGAGAUUCCCCAUUUUGCUGCUCUGCGUGGGAAAGAGAGAGAGCUGGUGAUCCUGCGCAGUGAGAACGGGGACAGCUGGAAGGAGCAUUUCUGUGAAUACACUGAGGACGAGCUGAAUGAAAUCUUGAAUGGGAUGGAUGAAGUGCUUGACACUCCAGAGGAGCUUGAGAAGAAACGUGUCUGCCGCAUCAUCACCCGAGAUUUCCCUCAGUACUUCGCAGUGGUAUCCCGCAUCAAACAGGACAGCAACCUUAUCGGACCCGAGGGGGGUGUGCUGAGCAGCACUGUUGUACCGCAAGUGCAGGCAGUCUUCCCAGAAGGGGCUCUAACCAAAAGAAUUCGCGUUGGCCUCCAGGCUCAACCUAUGCAUACGGAACUUAUAAAGAAGAUUUUAGGCAACAAGGCUACCUUCAGUCCUAUAGUCACCCUGGAGCCCAGGAGAAGAAAGUUCCAUAAACCCAUCACGAUGACGAUUCCCGUCCCCAAGGCCUCCAGUGAUGGGAUCAUGAAUGGUUAUGGAGGCGACACGCCCACUUUAAGGUUACUAUGCAGCAUAACAGGAGGAACCACCCCUGCCCAAUGGGAAGACAUCACCGGAACAACACCACUGACAUUUGUUAAUGAAUGUGUUUCCUUCACAACAAAUGUGUCUGCCAGAUUUUGGUUGAUAGACUGUCGACAGACACAGGAAUCUGUUACUUUUGCUUCCCAAGUGUACAGAGAGAUUAUCUGUGUCCCUUACAUGGCCAAAUUUGUGGUGUUUGCCAAAUCACAUGAUCCUGUUGAAGCACGGUUAAGAUGUUUUUGCAUGACAGAUGACAAGGUGGAUAAAACUCUAGAACAACAGGAGAAUUUUGCUGAAGUUGCCAGAAGCAGGGAUGUAGAGGUAUUAGAAGGAAAACCCAUCUAUGUUGACUGCUUUGGCAAUUUGGUGCCACUAACAAAGAGCGGGCAGCAUCAUAUAUUCAGUUUUUUUGCUUUCAAAGAAAAUAGACUUCCUCUGUUUGUUAAGGUGCGAGAUACCACUCAAGAACCCUGUGGACGAUUAUCAUUCAUGAAGGAGCCAAAAUCUACAAGAGGCCUCGUUCAUCAAGCCAUAUGUAACUUAAACAUCACUUUACCCAUUUACACAAAGGAAUCAGAAUCAGAUCAAGAACAAGAAGAAGAGGUUGAUAUGACUUCAGAAAAAAAUGACGAGACAGAAUCUACAGAAACAUCUAUCCUGAAAAGCCAUCUGGUUAAUGCAGUCCCUGUACUAGCCAGUCCAGACCUGUUGUCUGAAGUUUCUGAGAUGAAACAAGAUUUGAUCAAAAUGACUGCCAUCUUGACAACUGACCCCUCUGAUAAAUCAGGCUCCAUUAAAGUGAAAGAUCUUGGAAAACCCACUGAAGAAGAGCCAGGAGAACCUUUUGAAAUAGUUGAAAGAGUGAAAGAAGACUUAGAAAAGGUAAAUGAAAUUCUGAGAGGUGGAUCCUAUCCCAGAGAAGAACAUGUUUUGCAGAAGUCCCUUUCCAAACAAGAACUUGUAGAAGAAGAAUGGGUCAUUUUAAGUGAUGAAGAAAUUGAAGAGGCCAGAAGAAAUGCUCCUUUAGAAGUCACUGAACCUACCUGUGUAGAAGUCAGGGUAGGCGAAGGGACAACAAAAAUGGAGAAGCCAGACAUGACAGGAAUGGUAGAUUACCUCACAGAGGAUUUAAAAACAUAUGUUUCUCUUCAUGAGGUACAGCCACAAGCCUUACAAGAAGACUUAGUAGAAGAGAGAUUUGAAGCUGUAGUAAUAAGCAGGGAUUCUGAAAAAGAAGGACAAGAGUCUCCAACAACUGAAACACUAAGUCCGCAGGAGCAACACAAGCCGGCCUUAGAAAUUAAGAAGCCAGCUAGGACAAAAUUAAGAGACAAGCAGAAAGAAAAGGAAGGCAAGAUGCACGCCAGUGAAGAACAACCAGGACUAACAAAGCUCACUUCAGAUGAGUCACUAGGUGAGGAACCUGGCUUGGCACUGACAGCUGCUCCUGAGGCUAAAGCUGUAUCCCCUGUUAUAGAGGAAACUCCUAUUGGCUCAAUAAAAGAUAAAGUUAAAGCUCUUCAGAAACGAGUGGAAGAUGAACAAAAAGUACGGUCAAAACUACCUGUCAGAAUUCAAACAAGAGAAGGCACUGCUGAAAAGGCUUCUAAAAGACCAGUACAAGUCAAAAAACCAGUAGGACACAAAGCACAACCGCCUGUUUCACCUUCUUCUAAGACAGAAAGACUUGAAGAGACCAUGUCAGUUCGUGAACUGAUGAAAGCCUUCCAGUCAGGUCAAGACCCAUCCAAGAAUAUAUCUGGACUGUUUGAGCACAAAUCCGUCAAACAGAAGCAGCAGCUCCCUGAGAAGGAAACAGCCAGGAGAAAAACGGUUUCUUCACAAAGCGAAACAAAGCGAGUAUCAAGCCACAAGACAGACAAACCGAAGGACAAACAAAGCACGAUAGUAAAAGCAGAGAAAGAGCCGCAAUCGAAAAAAGGAAAAAUGCAAACUUCUGCGGUCGAAAUUACCAAGAAAACUGUAGGUAAAGAGCAGGUAAAAGAGCAGAGCAGCAAAAAACCAGUUGAACCUCUCCCUCCGGUGUUUGAUGAUGAAAGUGCCAAAGAUACAGCGGUUAUGAAGGGCAGGACUUCUGAUGACCAAGGAGAUACUGACUUCCAGAUCAGCCCUGACAGAAAAACCUCAACAGACUUUUCUGAUGUCAUUAAAGAAGAACUGGAGGAUAAUGACAAAUACCAACAGUUCCGACACCUUUCAGUGACAGAGGAGGGAGAGCUUAACUUGGAGCAAGUACUGACCAGUCCUUUCGGUGUUGCUUUUCCCACAGAGUACGUGAAAGAUGGAUUCCUUCCUGCUCUUUCUCUGCAAAGUGCUGCUUUUGAUGGGAGCUCAGAGAGCCUUAAACACGAAGGUGUGGCUGAUUCUCCAGGCAGCCUACUUGACGGAACCCCUCAGAUCAGCUCUGAGGAAAGUUAUAAGCAUGAGGGUCUGGCAGAGACUCCAGAAACAAGCCCUGAAAGCCUUUCAUUCUCACCAAAGAAAACUGAUGGGCAAAUUGAAGAAGCUAAAGGAGCAGCUAGAGCACACACAACAGCAGAAACAUGUUCUCCGAAGGAACUCUCUCCAAAGGAAGAUGAAAAAGGUAUUACUGAAAGACAGCUAGAUGCUGUUUCUGAGACUAGUAAGUCUCAUUCUGACCAUGUAUCAGAAGAGCUUGUACCUACAGCCUCUGAAGAAGAGGCUGAUAAACUUAAAGAAAGUAGCUCAGCUUCCAUUAUGAAAGAUAUUAGCAGGGAUAACGAACCCAGAACCACUGCACAUUUAACUAAGUCUUCUGAAACACAUGACACUGCUUUAGAGAAAGAAAAAGAUAUAACCUGUGAACGCCGUGUUCUGGUUAGAAGUCCCCAGAAAUUGGAACUUGCACUUGCUAGCCAUGAUAGUGAAAGCUUUAGCCCAGUUGCAGAUGACUCUUUGGCUAUAAGUCACAAAGACUCACUGGAAGCAAGCCCAGUGCUAGAAGAUAACUCAUCACACAAAACGCCUGAUUCUUUGGAGCCCAGUCCUAUGAAAGAGUCUCCCUGCCGUGAUUCCCUUGAAAGUAGCCCUGUAGAACAAACAGUGAAGGCUGGUAUUUUGGGGCAGGGUCCUCUUCAGCCUGUUCUUAGCAAAGGAGAAACCUGCCCAGAGCUGGCAUCGGUGCGUUCCAGGAUUCUCCGUGACCCUGAGGGAAGUGCUGAUGAUGACAGUCUAGAGCAAACAUCCCUCAUGGAGAGUUCAGGGAAAAGUCCUCUUUCACCUGAAACUCCUAGUUCUGAAGAAAUUAGCUAUGAAAUCACACCUAAAACAGCAGACUCGCAGGCACUGUCAAGCAUACCAAAGUCGGCCGUGAUCCCUGAAGUCAGUGAAGAACCAGAGGAUGAUUCAGAAAGUGAACCAAAGAAGAGGUUCACCCCUGAAGAGGAGAUGUUUAAAAUGGUGACCAAAAUCAAAAUGUUUGAUGAAUUAGAACAGGAAGCAAAACAGAAGAGAGAUUACAAAAAGGAUUGUAGGCAAGAUGAAUCUUCUGUAGGUGCUGAUUCAGAAGCUGCAUGUGAAGCUGAAGAACCAGAGUCAACAGCUGUAGAAGAAAAAGAUAUCCCUACAGUGGUGAUGUCUGCAGCCGAAUCUAGAAAAAGUUCUUCCUCUUCAGAAAGCGAGCCAGAAUUGACUCAGCUCAAAAAAGAAGCCGGCUCAGGCCUCUUAAUGGAGCCUGUGAUCCGAGUGCAGCCACCCUCACCGUUACCAUCCAGUAUUGACUCCAGUUCUAGCCCCGACGAAGCAGGUUUUCAACCCAUUGAUUCAAAACAAUGCUCUAUCAGCAUAGGUGCAGUUAAAGCAGAACAGGAUAAGCCAACAGACGAUGACAGCUCUAAGGCUUCCGCAAGAGAAUCAGGCACUUGUCAUUCUGAUGGUUGUGUAUCGGCAGGAACUGAUGAAUCAAAAUGUGGCAGUACAGAUGACAGUGAGACGGUUAGUCCCAGUGCCCCGGUCACGCAGUCUGGGGGUACUCUGUGUCAUUCCAUUGGUGACAGUUCUCAAAAAGAAGUUCACGUUGAGUCCUCGCUAACCCUACAGCAAUACGAUACUACUGAAAAAGGUGUCAAAACCACUGCAUUGUUAACCCACGCAGAUCUCAUUUCUACAGGAGCCGUGUCUGAGAAAGUAGAUGAUAGUUCUUGUGGACACAGUACCACUGAGUACUCUGUACCACAAGAUGGCAAACUGGCUGAAGAAGAUACCACUGACCAUUCUGCUUUGGGAAAAGCAGAUACAGAUUUUGAAACAUCUCAAAGAGAUAUUCAUGCUGAGGAACCCUUACCAGAGUAUUCAUCCCUUACCACUGAAACAGUGGAACUUGAACGUUGUGUAGCAGAUGCUGCUGAAGGUAGUGCUCCUUAUAUAGUAAGCCCUUAUGAAAAUGUGUCUUCUGAACAUUUCUUUACUGACUCUGAAAGUAAGGUAGGAUCUGGUAGAAGUCUGCUAUCUAGGGAAAACUAUUCUACUGAAGAAGGAAAAGAUCAGACUGGUGAAACUUUACUUAGCAGAGACACAGGUAGUGAAUCUCACUCGUCAGAGGAAGUAUGUAUGGAAAUAGAGCCAAAACCAGAGGAUGCAUUUCAGCAAACGUCACAAGGGUCUUCCGCAUCAGAUUCCACAAAAUUAGCUGACUCUGCCCUUGGGGAUAUAAGAGAUGAAACAGAGAAAUUGAUCAGUCAAGUUGUCAUCACUAAAACUGAUGUGGAUUCUGACAUGUGGAGUGAAAUACGUGAAGAUGAUGAAGCUUUUGAAGCUCGGGUGAAAGAAGAGGAACAAAAGAUAUUUGGGUUGAUGGUAGACAGGCGAUCACAAGGCACAACACCUGAUACAACACCGGCCAGAACACCCACCGAAGAAGGGACGCCACUUAGUGAACAAAAUCCUUUUCUUUUUCAGGAAGGGAAGUUGUUUGAGAUGACUAGAAGUGGAGCCAUUGACAUGACCAAAAGGAACUAUCCAGAUGAAAGCUUUCACUUCUUCCAAAUGGGCCAGCAGCCUCAGGAAGAAGUUUCUUUAUCUGAAGAAGAGAAAGAAGCAGCAGAGGUGGAAUCCUCUAAGCUGAAGAGCUCACUGGAUCCGUUUUCACCUUCAGAAUCAGAGGACUCAGAUAUACAAGAAAAAGAUACACUGAAAUAUUCACCCCCAGCAUCUGAGUCUAGUGAUAAAUCAGAAGAAAUGACAGGUGAAGGUGUCAGCAUAGGCACCGCAAAAGCAGAUCUUAAAUCCAGAAUUCCGAUUAAAAUGGGUAUUUCAGCUUCUUCAAAAUCACCAAAGAAAGAAACUGCUGCCUCUGAAGCUGAGCCCCUCUCCGGAACGGAGACUGACGUGGUUGAUAGCAGUCAGGUGCCUUGCCCUACCUCUCCUGAGCAGUCUGUCAUAGAAGACGAAUUAGAUUUUUCCAAAGUCACUAGAUUAGUUUGUUCUGAACAGGGUGAGGAGUCCCCAGACUCUUCACCAGAGGAACAGAGAUCUGUGAUUGAAAUCCCUACUGCUCUAAUGGAGAGAGUGCCUUCUUGUGAAAGCAAAUCCAAAAUUCCUGUAAGAACAGCCGCUGCUGCAUCGCAAUCCUUGCAACAAUGGGAAAAUGAGAGCUUUCCCACAGAUGGCUUCCUAGACAGUUUGCAGUGUGAAGGAAAGGAUGACCAAGCAAAACCAAAGUCUAAAAUUCCUGUCAAAGCGGCUUUCCAAAAAUCUGAACAACAGUAUACAUACACAGACACAUCUGUCCACAAGCUAGAGUCACCCAAAGCUCUUGACAUGACAAGCAAACUACCUAUGAAACAAGAUAACCGAAGUAAAUCUGAAUCCGAUGCAAGUGUUCCCAUGGACCCAAAGACUAAACGUUCAAUAAAAGCUAGGAGUUAUGCUGAGGCAGAAGCAGAGACCAGGGAGAGGGAGAGAGAGAUGAAGCUUGAGCUAGACUCAGACGAGGCAACAACAGCAAGACCCAAGGUAUUUUCAUCACGGUUGCCAGUUAAAAGCAGAAGCACUACAGCCUCCCGCAGUGCUUUUAGUCCCACAAAAGAAAGUAAGGAACAUUUUUUUGACCUUUACAAAAACUCCAUAGAAUUCUUUGAAGAAAUUAGUGAUGAAGCUUCUAAAUUAGUGGAAAGACUCACGCAGUCAGAGAGAGAACAAGAAUUAGUUUCAGAUGAUGAAAGCAGUAGCGCCCUAGAAGUUUCAGUUAUUGAAAAUGUGCCAUCCAGUGAGCCUCAGCAGUCAGUUCCCGAAGACAUCUUUGACACCAGACCCAUUUGGGAUGAGUCUGUAGAGACUCAGAUUGAACGUAUCCCUGAUGAAAAUGUCCAUGACCAUGCUGAAGAUCAACGGGAUGAUCAGGAAAGGACAGAGGAAAGACUGGCCCACAUCGCUGAUCAUCUUGGAUUCAGCUGGACAGAGCUAGCAAGAGAACUGGAUUUCACAGAAGAGCAAAUUCACCAGAUCCGAAUUGAAAAUCCUAACUCACUUCAAGACCAGAGCCACGCACUCCUCAAAUACUGGCUUGAAAGGGAUGGGAAACACGCAACAGAUACAAAUCUUACCCAAUGCCUCACAAAAAUCAACCGAAUGGAUAUUGUUCACCUAAUGGAGACGAGCGGCAUAGACUCCAUGCAGGUCCACGGCACUCGCACGUACGCAGAAAUCGAACAAACAAUAGGACUGGACCAUAGCGAAGGGUUUUCUGCACUGCAGGAAGAACUGUACCGUUCAAGACAUAAGCAAGAAGAACAACACAGAAUAUCUAAAGACAGUGAGCCAACUGAACACCCUCCUAUCGUCUCUGAGGAAGACGUGUCCGUCAGUUAUUCUCCUUUUCAGGACAGUACUCCCAGGAGUGAGGCAGAAGUAUCAAUGGCUGAGCUCCUGAGACAAGCACAUAAGGAACAAGCAGAAGCUGAAUUCUCAGGGAAACCCCUAGCUGUGCCAGAAAAACCAUCUGCUUCACAACAUGAAUAUUUUGUCACAACUCCAGGAACAGAGCAGUCUACAGCACCAGUAACUGGAAAAGCAGCAAGUGAAAAAUCUGCACACUUCAGUGAGGCAAAGGAAGAAAGAGAAGAAACAUCCCCACAGUCCCCAUCAUCUGCUCAGGGAGGUGACUCUCCCAUCAUCCAAGAGCCCGAGGACCCCCAACUCCAGCAGGAUGACCUCUCUCCAAGGAGAACUAGUCUAGUGAUAGUGGAGUCAACUGAUGAGCAGACAGAAAAGUUUGGAAGAGAUUAUGAAGAGGAAUCUUUAGAAAAGGAGUUAGCAGAGGAGUUAGGCGGGCUGGAGACCAGCUCGGAUGAGGACGAGAUGGUCACUACCAGGGUCGUUCGUCGCCGGGUGAUUAUUCAGGCUGAUAGUAUGCCUGAAAUGCCACCAGAAACAGUCACAGAAGAGCAAUAUACAGAUGAACAUGGCCACACAGUGGUCAAGAAGGUCACUAGAAAGAUCAUCCGGCGAUACGUUUCUCCAGAUGGCACAGAAGAAGAGGAAGUCGUAACGCAAGGAACGCCACAAAAACCUGUCACUGUCGAAGAAGGAGAUGGCUACUCCAAAGUUGUAAAACGGGUUGUGCUGAAGAGCGACAGUGAGCAGUCAGAGGUGACCCUGUCUGAACCUGCUGUUUUGCCUAGUGCCUCCAAAUUCCAGUCUGAACCAGUGGAAGGCCGGAAGGUCAGCAAAGUCAUAAAGACCACUGUAGUGCAAGGCGAGAGAACGGAGAAACACCUGGGGGAUGCUAGCUUAGCUACUGAUCUUCCGUCAGCCAAAGAGGACUUUGAAGAGGCUUUGAGCUAUGCAGGUAACCAAAUGAACGUCCAGCUCCCUGCUUUAGUAGAGAAAGAAAUCAUGAAAGAGGACGGAUCGGUUAUUAAAAGGACAACACUGAGUAAAGCCAGCACACAGAAGAGGACUGUGAUGAAGGAUCGGUACGGAAAACAUGUUCACAUAGAAGAGCUGGAAGACACACCAGAAGCACUACCACAGGAUGCCCUCCAACAUGACCUCCAGCAGCUUCUUAGACACUUCUGCAAAGAGGACUGGAAACAGGAGGCGAAGUGAGAAGCUGCCACCCCCCAGCACCACCGCGUAACCAUCCGUCCCGUAUGCAGCACUCAUCUCCUCUAGGUGUAGACAUUAUGACCUACAUAAUCACUGGAAGACACUGCCAUUUCUACUUGUGCAGGUGCAGUGAAUUCAUUUCUCUCCCCACCCACACCCCGCCCCGUAUUUGAUUUUGGGUUUUUGUUAUUUUUUACCCUGUAAGCUAAUUUGUGACCAAAGAUAGCAUCCUUCAUUCAGGAUGAUUUAUCCACCGAAUUGUCGUCUUUGUGCCGUACUGGGAAUUUGUCAGCAUCGCCACUUCUUGCUGUUCCUUUGCUUCUGCACUAGCUUCAUGAAAUUGCAUUUGUCAAGCCAACUUCAUCUACAGGCCUCUUCGAGUGACUAUGUACAUGCAUCAUAAAAGAAGGGAGUUAACGUGUAAACUGUAUAUAGCAAGAGUAUUUGGACUUACGAGACUGCAGAAAACACACUGCCUAUGACUACAAUUAGCAUCAUGGAUUACAAGGUCUAUCGACGCUGCUGAAGAGCGAUUAAUAAAAUGAUGUUAACACAAUCGACUGCAAACACAGACUGACUAAGGAGGAAGCGCUGCAGCUCUACUGCAUCCAUAAGACUUCCAGUUUAGGGAUCUAUUAUAGUUAAAGGCUCUAAGAGUCAGGCUAAAAACCUGGAAAUUCAGCUGUUCUCAUGAAGUGGCAGCUGACUGUGGCCAUUAAUAUUCUAAGACCUUCGGACAGCCCAUUAAAGAUUUCCAAAAAAAAAAA